AUUUAUGGACGUUAUAAUCAUUAUUUUAUCGCGUAUAUAAAUAGGUUGAGUUUAAUAAACAUUGGCAAUGAACAAAAAACGUUAGUUCUAUUUCUUCUAAUGCUUCAUAACAUAUUUAUUUACUUCGAGCGUUAGUUAAAAAGUAAAAACUCCAAAGAAUAAUGGACAAGUGGAUAGGAAAAGUUGCUAUUGUAACUGGAGCUUCAUCAGGCAUAGGUGCUGCUGCUUGUAAAAAAUUAGUUCAAUCUGGAAUGAUUGUUGUUGGGUUUGCAAGAAGAGAAAACAAUCUUAAAAGUUUGGCUGAUGAGUUGAAGGGACAAUUAGGAGAAUUUCAUUAUUAUAAAGUAGACGUAUGUAACGAAUACAACAUUUUGGAAGCCUUUGAAUGGAUAAAACGAACAUUCAAGUCCGUUGACGUAUUGAUUAACAAUGCUGCAGUACUAAAAUAUUCUAGUUUAUUAGAAGGAAGUACUGAAGAUUGGAAAUUAAUGUAUGAAACUAAUGUUAUUGGUUCGAGUAUUUGUUCUCGUGAAGCUGUAAAAUUAAUAAAAGAAUUUUCUCUCGAAAAGGGGCAUAUAAUAAAUAUAAACAGCGUUUCAGGACAUUUUCGUAUUCCUAUUACUACUAUAGGUAAUGGUGGUUCAACAUAUUUUGCUACAAAAGUUUCUUUGGCUUCAAUAACAGAAAGCUUAAGAGAAUCAAUCUGCCAGCAAAACUUGCCUAUCAGAGUUACAAGUAUUAGUCCAGGAGUUGUUAUAACCGAAAUGACUGCAGGGAAUGAAGCACUUGAUACUUAUAAUAAAUUAAAAGCCGAAGAUAUUGCUGAUGCUAUAUUAUAUGCACUUGGUGCUCCACAACAUGUCAAUGUGUGUGAAUUAAUUAUAAGACCAACUGGAGAAUUUUUCGUUUAGUAAAAAAUUUGUUUUGCUGUCGCUCAAAAAUAUUGAUUUUAAGAUUUAAAAAUGUUUUCAAAAUAUAAUAUAAAAAAAUAAUUUUUAGUGAACUCAUUAUUUGUAUAAGUCAAAAUAUUAUAAAUAAUAAAAUGUCUAUUUGUUUUUUCAUUUUAAAAGAUAAAAAAUUUUAAAUUAAUA